CGCAGGUGGUGUACUGAUUGACAUUUCUUCAUGCGGGGUGCUGUGCAACUUAUUUACGAUAUUUACAAAAAAAAUACAUUGAUUUCGUGCAUAUAUCGAGACUGAGAAGAACCGAGUUCGUCCGGAGUGGUGCUUUGUGGAAAAACGCGCAGAGGAGCUUUCGUUAGUUGUGGCCGGGCCUUGAUACACCUAGAUAUUAUCUGAUUUUUUCUCUGAUAACAGUAGUUCAAUAGCACAGCUGAUGCUUGAAAUGCACUAGAAAUGAGCUUUGAGAGRCUGUAAGUACGCCUUCGGUGCCGGUUUGGGGCUUUUCCUUGACCAAGAGCGGUYAGUGCGAAUAUAGGUCAAUCCUGGCGAUUCCUAUGAAAAUAUUUGGGCAAGAUCGCGUCCUUGGUGAAAAGCGCGAUAUGCAAUAAAACGAUGUCGUUCACCUAUCGUGAACAAUAAAAACGUUUUAAAAGUUUGUGCUUUCGAUUCUGGUUGAUGUGAAGGAUGAUCGUGUAGAUCAAACCAGGAAAAACAUGGUCUAAGACGGGCCAUGACAUCUCGCCAACCUCCUACUAUUGUAGACUGCCAGGGGACAAUCACCCCUCACCUUGCUGCACAGACGAUUUCGGGAGCUGAAGGUUUAGAAGGCUUGGUAGCGGCGGGAGGUCCGCCAUCGGCUACCGCUCCGGGAGCUCGCCUCAAGCACCGGACUCGCAAGUUCACCGCUUCCGGUAGCCUCAGUGACAGUUCCUCCAGUGUCAAACGACAGGAAUCGUCCCCAACUUUGACGCUCAUAUCGUCAAAGGGCUCAGCUGAUUCUAACUACUCUCAGCCUUCUUCGGAUCUGUCGCUGGACGAGGAGAAAGAGACGUUGCGACGGGAGAAGGAACGUCAAGCGCUUAGUCAGCUGGAAAAAGCAAGAACGAAACCGGUAGCAUUUGCUGUUAGAACCAACGUAGCAUACGACGGUUCAUUGGAUGACGAUUCACCAGUUCAUGGAUACGCAAUUUCUUUUGAAGUUAGGGAUUUUUUACACAUUAAGGAAAAAUAUGACAACAAUUGGUGGAUAGGUCGUUUGGUGAAGGAAGGGUGCGAUAUUGGGUUUAUUCCUUCUCCGGUAAAGCUCGAGAAUCUCAGAUUGCAACAAGCACAGUCGAGGACUACAAAACUUUACUCAAGUAAAACAAGCUCCAGCUCUAAUAUAGGGGCCGCUGGUAACGAUGUUUCCAGAGGUAGCACUCCUCCCACGCCUGGAGACGAGUCUGAUUCAGUUGGUAACGCUCGAUCUGGCAAGCCUCUCACAACACCUCCAGCAAAAGAGAAGAAAAAACCAUUUUUUAAGAAGCAGGAAGCAACUGCUCCUUACGACGUAGUUCCCUCCAUGAGGCCAGUAGUUCUAGUAGGUCCUUCAUUGAAAGGAUAUGAAGUUACAGAUAUGAUGCAAAAAGCCUUAUUUGAUUUUUUAAAACAUAGAUUUGAAGGAAGAAUAAUUAUCACGAGAGUAAUGGCAGAUAUAUCUUUGGCAAAACGUUCACUUUUAAAUAAUCCUUCAAAGCGGGCGAUAAUGGAACGUUCCACAACUCGCUCAACUUGUUUGUCAGAGGUCCAAGCAGAAAUCGAAAGAAUAUUCGAGCUAGCUACAACUUUACAACUUGUGGUGCUGGAUUGUGAUACUAUAAACCAUCCUUCGCAACUUGCCAAAACUUCAUUAGCUCCAUGUAUUGUCUAUCUUAAAAUAACUAGUCCUAAGGUUUUGCAAAGGCUAAUCAAAUCUAGAGGUAAAAGUCAAGCGAGACAUCUAAAUGUACAAAUGGUUGCUUCAGAAAAAUUAGCUCAAUGUCCUCCGGAAAUGUUCGAUGUGAUCUUGGACGAGAACCAACUGGAGGAYGCGUGUGAACACAUAGCUGAAUAUUUAGAGGCAUAUUGGAGAGCGACUCAUCCUGAAGUAACCGUUUCCAAUGUUCCUCGACCUAUAGGUAGUUCACCGCAAGCUUCUCCGAGUGGGGACCAAGGAAGGCCCACACUACCAGCACACCAUGAUGUAUACGGAUACUCUCAUGAUUCUAGAGUUCCCACAUUUCAUACAUCCCACACGAGAAGUAGACCGAGGUUAGAGAGAGAGCGUGAGUAUGAGGAUUACGCCGAACGGGAGAGUUACACCCAUGCAAACACUCAUGGAGUACCCCAUCAUGGAGGUGACGAUUAUCGGGAUAGAAAUUUGGAUCGGAUACCUUCGAGAGACCACAGGGCAACUCGAGAGGAAGAAUAUCCGACACAUAGGGGAUCUUCAAGGAGAGCUUUGAAUGCCAUAUAGUGGAGGCUUUCUACGGAACAGCCAAUUGAAGAGGAAAUGCAUGAUGACCUUUCUCCUAGAGCGGAAACGUAUUACAAACCUCAGAUUCCUAAAGAAUACAGAGACGAGAGGCUGGAGCGUCGUCACGACGAAUCCCGAUUGGAAGAUAGAAGAAGGGUGGAUGAAGAUCGAAGGUACGGUGAGAGGAGUAGGUAUCCUGAAGAUCACAGAUACGAAGAUCGGAGAUACGUCGACGACAGGAAGGCACUUGCGAAGAGUAAACAAGAGGGAAGGAAUUAUAGGAAGGAAUUAUUGGAGAGGUUUGCUGAUAUGGAUUUCGAAGARCAUCAUGACUUCCGAACACGUCAAAGAUACUACGAAUAAACAAUCUUAGAUAAAUAAAGAUUUUGGCCUAAAUUACUGAAAUUGUGUACAAAUGAAUUCAAAGUAUCUUUGAUGCAUUCUUCAAUGGGAUGUUCCGUAAUUGUGAUUAAUUCUUACUAUAAACAUUAAAAAUUUUGACCAGUUUGGUGCCAUAUUUGAGUAAUAGCUCAAUUUUUAAUCAAUCUAUUAUUGACAUAGAAUAUUCAAGCUUUAAACUGUAGCUAUACUUAGGAUUUUUAAAUUUAUUUAUAAGGAAUGGUAUAUUGUUGAAAGCAGUAUAAAUUUAUGUAUUUUAUAUAUUGUAAAAUAGCUUAAAAAAGAACUGAGAUAUUAUACUUUUAACGGAAAGUGAACUCUGUAUUGGGUUAUCAUUUCGUUGCUUUUUA